UUUCAUUUAUCUAUUGCUGCGUUUCAUUUAUCUAUUGCUGCGUUUAAAUACUGCGCUUCCCUCUCUACUCAAAUCCUGCGUUUCAUUUAUCUAUUGCUGCGUUUAAAUACUCGGAGCAUCUCUACUCCCCAAAUUACAUCACCUCAAGAUUCAUUUUUCCUUCUCUACUCAAAUCCUGCGCUUCCCUCUCCAAUUCCAUCUAUGGAAGCACGCUUCACUCCACUGUCAUCAAAUUGGGCCUUUUAUUCGAUCCUUACAUCGUCACCGCGCUUGUCCAGAUGUAUGUAAAAUGUGGCUCGCUCGCUACUGCACUCCAAGUGUUUGAUUUUAUGCCUGAACGCGAGAUUUUGACUUCCGACGUCGCGCUUUGGAAUUCUAUCAUUGAUGGCUAUUUCAAGAAUGAUUUUUUUGAUCAAGGCAUUGCACAGAUCCGACGAAUGCUUGCAAUGAAUGUCAAGCCCGAUGGUUAUACUCUCUGUAUUCUUGGCAAAAUUCCAAGAAGGGACGUUAUGGCAAAAUGUAUCCGCCAUUUGGACCCUGAAAAAAAAGAUUCCAGCCAUGGUAUAGACGCGAGAGCUUCUCGCGUGUCUUAAAAGUAUAGACGCAUAUUCCUCUCGCGUGUUAAAAGGAAGAGACGCGUCUUCCUCUCGCGUGUAUUAAAGAAGAGACGCGUCUUCCUCUCGCGUGUUUAAAGCAAACACGCAACACGCUCUCGCGUGUCUCCUUGCUCCACAAAAUCACUCCAGACGGCAGAACAUACGACAUUACGCGAAGAAGAGAAGAAAAUCAGCGAAAAUUCUGCCCAACCAGCCAAAUUCGAAGCCUAGUCCGCUAAUUAGCUCUCCCAUUCCAAUUUGAAGUGUUGUUAGGAUGUCGCGAUAUGGACCAGAAGAUCCUUCUGUUUUGCAUUAUCAGCACAGUCAUAUAUCACGCAAGGCGUGGGCAGGCCAGGAAACAACCUCGUUCAAUAUUCGGCGCUUUGAGGGACAUUUCUGGGAAAUCGAUAAUCAUCAAAGACGCGUGAUUGAUUAUGUUUGUAGGUUUGGUUUAGGUGGAGUUCUUUUCUGUGGUAAGGCUCUGGAUGUAGAUCAUUCGUUGAUCACAGCUUUAGUUGAGCGUUGGAGGCCAGAGACUCAUACAUUCCAUCUUCCCGUAGGGGAAACUACCAUUACAUUACAAGACGUUCAAGUAUUAUGGGCUUUACGUGUAGAUGGAGUACCCUUCACAGGAAAUGGGUUUUGUGAAACUGGGUAGAGGGGUUUAUGUGAAGAGCUCUUGGGCUUCCAUCCCCUUCAAAGCGAGAUGAAGGAAAACGGUAUCUUGGCAUCCGCGCUAAUACAUAGGAUGACAAUUCAACCGUUAGGAGAUGGUCUCGAAGAUGAAGCCUACAUUCAACGGGCACGUAUGAUUGUGCUUGUGCUAUUGGGAGGGUUGAUCUUACCCGACGGCUCAGGGUGUAAGAUACCUCUCAUGUGGUUGACCCAACUUCGAGAUGUAGAGGCUGCCUCUAUGAUUAGUUGGGCGAGUGCUGCACUUGCUACAUUAUACCAUAAUCUCUGUGAGGCGUCUAUGGGCAAAAGGACAGACAUUGGAGGUCCGUCAGUGCUCCUUCAGCUUUGGGCGUGGGAGAGAAUGCCCACUUUGAGACCGGAUUUUACAACGGCACGUAUACAUACAAACAACACGCCAUGUGCAUUAAUGUGGACUGAGUCCUAUAUGAUAAACAGAGCCCCCAAACUUUCGGUUCGACAUUAUCGUGAACAGUUGUCAUUACUCCAAAAUAGCCAGGUAAAAUGAAUAAUGUUUGAUAUAUAUUUGGGUAAUUUUAAUAUAAACUUGUUAUUGUAGUUUAUUUGGAUGCCCUACGUGGACCGUCAAAGAGCCCCCAAAUAUGCAUGUUUUAUUAGUUACAGGCGGAGACAUUGGCACGUAUAUUUCAUAUGUCGCGCGGUUUUGACCCAGCAGACGCCGUAGGAUUGUUGCACGAGAUUAACAGUCUUGCUCUUAACUGCCUCACCGAGUGCGGUGAGAGUGAACGCACGGUCAUACCUUCCACAGCGCACUGAUGUGGAUAUGUCCCGGGGGUUUAUCCGAAGAGCUCGCGGUAUUGGCCAGAGAGGUAUCCGAACAGGCGGGCAUGGUUAUUCACGGCAUUUCAGAAUGUCCCAAGACAUGCCAGGGUCAUCACAAGCAGCAAAUGAAGAAAAUAUUAAUUCAGAUGAUAACAUAGAUUUGGAUGCACUCAUCGACAAUUUUGCUGGUGAGCCCGAAAUGCAAAAUCCACCAGCACCAGAUCCCUCUAGUUGGUUUCCUACUUGGUCAGAUGCGCCACAGUCUAGUUGGGUGACUCCAUUAGAUAGAGUUGGGCUACCAUGGAAUCCUACUACACAGGAUUCAUUCUUUUCGGAUGUCCAUAUCGUGCACUCUCCAACAAAUGAUGAUGAUGAUGCUGCUGCUGAUGAUGAUGAUGAUGAUGAUGCUGAUGAUGAUGAUGAUGAUGAUGAUGUUGCUCCUAGGAGUAGUGCCUACAUAGAGCGCCCCACGAGGAGAGAGCAUAUUGACCCUCCUAGGAGUAGUGUUCAACUCGAUCGACCUAGUAGCAGUUCACAUACAUCCCGUCCCGAUAAGGAACGCUCCAGACCAAGUUUGUCUCAGACAAUUAUGGGUAUGUUCCCACGUAGAAGGUCUAGCCGUGACAACAGAGGAAAAGGCCCGAGUAAAUAUACACCUUCGUCAUUUAAGUAGAAUAAUAUCAUUAGAUGUAUUGUCUAUUUAUUACUGGUGGAUUGAUUUGAGAUGUACUGUUGACUUAUUAUAUGUUGAUUGAUUUAUUA